UAGAGUUGGCAGCCAACCCAUCGAAGCUGCACCUUCCUUCAUGAGAGUCCAAAUUCCAAAAGCGUGAAAGAAUGUCCUUACCAAACAACGAAAAGCUACCCGUUAACGGUUUAACAGACGUUUUGCGAGUCCCGCGGGGUUAACUCAUCCCUGUACGGUGUUAGCAUAUCUCAGUAUCCAAACACACCGCAAAAAUGGCCAACUAGGACAAGAAGAGUAUCAGUUAUUUAUUGUCGCAAUGAAAACUACUCGUUUGAUGGUUAAAAAGCCGUAAACGUAAACCCUAGCAGUUUAAAUAGCCUCCAACUUCUUCUAAUUCAUUCUCUCUCACUUCACAAAUCACAACGCACUCGCUGUUCGAUUCUCCGUUGCUCUCGCGGGUGUUCUAAACCCUAGAGGAGACACUUCCUAGGGUUUAGAUUCCUCAUCGUUUUUUUUUUCAAUUCUCGUUUUCUACGUUGAUCGGGGUUCAUAUCGAAGAUUUUUGAUUUUUUUGAUCGAGUUUUGGUGCUAUGGAUCUUCCAAGUCUUGCUGUUGUACUCCAAGCUGCUCUCAGUCCGAAUCCCGAUGAACGGAAGGCAGCUGAACAGAGCUUGAAUCAGUUCCAGUACGCGCCUCAGCAUCUGGUGAGGCUGCUGCAAAUCAUUGUAGACAACAACUGUGACAUGGGUGUGCGGCAAGUGGCUAGUAUUCAUUUUAAGAACUUCAUUGCAAAGAAUUGGUCUCCUCAUGACACUGGUAUGCCAUUUAUCAUAGAUGCCCAACAGAAGAUCUUGCAGAGUGAUAAAGACAUGGUGAGGGAUCACAUUCUCGUGUUUGUAACUCAAGUUCCUCCUUUGUUGAGGGUGCAACUCGGUGAAUGCCUUAAAACAGUUAUACAUUCUGAUUAUCCUGAGCAGUGGCCUCAUCUUCUAGACUGGGUAAAGCAUAACUUACAGGAUCAACAAGUCUAUGGUGCCUUAUUUGUGCUGCGGAUCCUCUCUAGAAAAUAUGAGUUCAAGUCAGAUGAAGAGAGGACACCGGUUUAUCGCAUUGUUGAGGAGACAUUUCCUCACCUUCUCAGUAUAUUUAACAAGCUUGUCCUGAUUGUUAAUCCAUCACUUGAAAUAGCAGACUUAAUCAAGCUUAUCUGUAAAAUAUUCUGGUCCUCCAUAUAUUUGGAGAUUCCAAAGCUGUUGUUUGAUCAAAAUAUCUUCAAUGCUUGGAUGAUGCUUUUUUUAAAUGUAUUGGAGAGGCCUGUUCCAUCUGAAGGUGUUGAUCCUGAGCUUAGAAAAUCAUGGGGCUGGUGGAAGGUCAAGAAAUGGACAGUUCACAUUCUAAAUAGACUCUACACUCGUUUUGGAGACUUGAAGCUGCAAAACCCUGAAAACAGAGCCUUUGCUCAAAUGUUUCAGAAGCAUUAUGCAGGGAGGAUUUUAGAGUGUCACUUAAAUCUGUUAAAUGUCAUUCGUGUUGGGGGCUAUUUACCUGACAGAGUUAUCAACCUGAUUCUUCAAUAUCUAAGCAACAGUAUUUCAAGGAAUAAUAUGUAUACACUGCUGCAACCUCGGCUUGAUGUCCUUCUUUUUGAAAUAGUUUUCCCCCUUAUGUGCUUUAAUGAUAAUGAUCAAAAGCUUUGGGAUGAAGAUCCACAUGAAUAUGUAAGGAAAGGCUAUGACAUUAUUGAAGAUUUGUAUAGUCCUAGGACUGCUUCCAUGGAUUUUGUGAGUGAGUUGGUUCGAAAACGUGGGAAAGAAAAUCUUCAAAAGUUUAUUCAAUUUGUAGUUGAAGUUUUCAGAAGGUAUGAUGAAGCUUCUGUAGAACACAAGCCCUAUAGACAGAAAGAUGGUGCUCUUCUUGCUAUUGGGGCACUUUGUGACAAACUGAAGCAGACUGAACCAUACAAAUCUGAACUUGAGCGAAUGUUAGUGCAACAUGUCUUUCCUGAGUUCAGCAGUCCUGUUGGCCAUCUUAGAGCUAAGGCAGCAUGGGUUGCAGGACAAUAUGCCCAUAUCAACUUCUCAGAUCAAAACAAUUUCCGGAAGGCAUUGCAGUGUGUUGUAUCCAGAAUGCAAGAUCCUGAACUUCCUGUGCGGGUUGAUUCUGUUUUUGCUUUGCGAUCUUUCAUUGAAGCUUGCAAAGAUUUGAAUGAAAUCCGUCCUAUUCUUCCUCAACUCCUUGAUGAGUUUUUCAAACUUAUGAAUGAGGUUGAGAAUGAGGACCUUGUAUUUACUUUGGAGACGAUUGUGGACAAGUUUGGGGAAGAGAUGGCACCUUAUGCAAUUGGGCUGUGCCAAAAUUUGGCAGCUGCAUUUUGGAGGUGUAUGAACACUGCAGAAGCUGAUGAUGAAGCUGAUGAUCCGGGUGCUCUGGCUGCAGUUGGUUGUUUACGUGCUAUUAGCACAAUCCUUGAAUCAGUGAGCAGGCUUCCUCACCUUUUUGUUCAAAUUGAGCCAACUUUGCUUCCCAUAAUGCGUAGAAUGUUAACAACCGAUGGUCAAGAGGUUUUUGAAGAAGUUUUGGAGAUUGUAUCAUAUAUGACUUUUUUCUCUCCAACAAUAUCAUUGGAUAUGUGGAGUCUUUGGCCGUUGAUGAUGGAAGCACUGGCAGAUUGGGCAAUUGAUUUCUUUCCAAAUAUUUUGGUUCCUCUGGACAACUAUAUUUCAAGAGGAACUGCUCAUUUCCUUACUUGCAAAGAACCUGAUUAUCAACAGAGUCUAUGGAAUAUGAUUUCAUCUAUUAUGACGGAUAAAAGUAUUGAGGACAAUGAUGUUGUGCCAGCUCCAAAGCUUAUCGAAGUUGUCUUCCAGAAUUGCCGAGGACAGGUGGAUCACUGGGUUGAACCAUAUCUCAGAAUUACGGUUGAGCGCUUGCAUCGAACUGAAAAAUCAUAUUUGAAAUGCCUUCUUAUGCAAGUGAUUGCAGAUGCUCUUUACUACAAUGCAGCACUGACUCUCAGCAUAUUACAAAAGUUAGGCAUGGCGUCAGAAAUCUUCCAUCUUUGGUUUCAUUUGCUGCAACAAGUCAGGAAGAGUGGUGCGCGUGCUAAUUUUAAAAGGGAACAUGAUAAGAAAGUGUGCUGCCUUGGUUUAACAUCGUUACUGGCACUCCCUGCUGAUCAAUUGCCAGGGGAGGCUUUAGGCCGGGUAUUCCGCGCCACCCUUGACCUUCUAGUUUCCUACAAGGAUCAAGUUGCAGAAGCUGCGAAAGAGGAAGAAGCUGAAGAUGAUGAUGAUAUGGAUGGUUUUCCAACUGAUGACGAAGAUGAGGAUGGCAAUGGUUUUGACAAGGAAAUGGGAGUUGAUGCUGAUGAUGGAGAUGAAGUUGAUGCUAUCUCACUUAGAAAGUUGGCUGAACAGGCAAGGUCAUUCCGACCCAAUGACGAGUAUGAUGACGAUUCGGAUGAUGACUAUAGUGAUGACGAAGAGUUGCAGUCCCCAAUUGACGAGGUGGAUCCUUUUGUUUUCUUUGUGGAUACAGUCAAAGUGAUACAAUUAUCAGAUCGAUUGAGGUUUGAGAACCUCACCCAGACACUCGAGCUCAAUUAUCAAGCUCUUGCUAAUAGUAUUGCCCAGCAUGCUGAGCAGAGAAGAGCAGAAAUUGAAAAGGAAAAACUUGAGAAGUCAUCAGCUGCCACAGCUUCUUAAGCUUCUGGAGACACAUACAUUUUUCUCAAGUUCUCAGCUGUUACCCAUUCUUUAGUAGAAUCAGAGGGUUGCCUAUUUAUUUGAGGCAUUUGUUGGCUCUGUGGUCACUAGUUGGUCUUCGAGCCUCGAAGAGUUUGCAGUUUUGAAGUGCUCGGAGCUUUGUGCACUGAAAGUUCCCUUUGACUGGAGAGGAUAUUGCAUUCAGGGAACUGUGAAGUUAGCGCGUUCUCCAGGUCGCAUUAGUUCAGCUUAUUGUUUGGUGCUUUGGGCUAUCCUUUGAAGGAAAGUGCCCAUUCUUGCCAUUACUCUGUUGUCCCCCACCAUUCCCCCUUUUUUUCCCUUUUUGUGGGACGCUUUUAUAAUCUUCACAUACCAACCCUAUUCUGUUUCGUGGAUACGGGUUCUGUAGUAUUUCAUUUCUUGCCCGUCACGUAGACGGGUAUGUAGGGUCGCCAAUUGCUUUAUUGGUAGUUUUUGGUGGUGGAUGGUAUAUAUUUUUUAUAAACCCUUUUUUGGUCAUAUUUUUUGGGUUGAGAGUAUAGGUACAUUAGUAUUGAUGAAGGCAUCAAUUUUGGGUUAUACAAAGCUUUUUAAGGGUGGCUUCCUGCAGGUUGUAAAACAUUUCAUUCUUUAUACAAUAUUUUGUGGGAAGAAUUCAGCACGAUUCAUGUUUA